GACAAUCACCAACGUAAUUCACAGUUUGCACGGAAAGAUGGAUCAACCCGUUCGCAGGGUUCCUGCGUGGACUGCACGGAGCUUGUCGAACGUCGACCGUUAUUCCGACGCUACAGAGCUGUUAGACUCGAGAGACAGACAUCAUUGUAGCAGAAGCAGAUGCUACAUUUGAUCGCAUGUACGAUUAACUUGUGGUUUGGAAGAGACUUGUCUUUUAGCUAGCAUUAUCUUCGCGUUCUUUCUCGACGCGCGACAAUUAUGCCGGCAGAUCUCCGUGUUCACUGUAAGAACGAUUGGCAUCGACACAAGAAGCCCUGAAGUCGCGUCUCGAGACGCGUCCGAGGUCCCUACCUGCCGAAAUGUCAUCGUGCUCAAUUCCGAAUACAUCACCUUUCCCAGUGCUCUCAACCUCUGAGGGUCCAUUCCCUUCUUUAAAUCCUCUGCCGCAAAGGAAUCAUCAGCAAUGGGCACCACGACGUGUACGACCCCCGCUCAGAGCGCUUGCGAUGAGACCUCGAGAGCUUGCGAUAAGUCCGGAUGAGCUAAGUCCUCAUGCUGCCACAAUGCUACUACUUCAACAAGCCGAUCUACAAGCUACAAGCGCGAAUCAGAUCCCCUCUCCUCGAUCGUCCACGAGGAAGCGACGUGCCAUUCAGCCGCGAGCUGUCCACCCACCGGCACAAUUGACAUGGGUCUCGCCUACAGUCUCUGCCAACCGUCAGGCUUCUCAGACAGAUCCGAAAGCGCAAGAUUGGAAAUUCGUCACAAAGGCGCCAAAAGGCAAGAGCUGCAAGACUGCCACGAUCUUCCUGCCUCGACACGCCGGCCUAGAAGCUCCAAGCUCAAACCCUAAUCGGAUCCGAUCUACUCGAUUGUCUUCGAGAAGACGAUGCACUGUCGAAUCACAGGCUGGCCAACCACAAUUGACGUGGGCCUCGCCCUGGGUCUUAGAUCGCCGCCAGGCUGCUGUCGAGCCGCAGGCUGUCCAGCCACAGAUGACAUGGAUUCCCUCUGCUGAUAAGUCCUUGUGUAGGCGACACGCUGUCGAGCCGCAGAUUGUCCAACCACAGUUGACACGAGCAUCGCACACGAUUUCCAAUCACCAUCGAGCUCCUCAGACAUAUCCAAAAGCACUCGCGCAGAAGUUUAGAACAAUAGCGCCAAAGGCCCUGAGCUGCAAAUCAGGCAAUGUUCAGGCAUGAGCCCAACGGUGGAGCGCAACCUUUGAGGCCUACCACGACCUGGACUCAUCAUUCCUAAUUCCGAGUGUACAAACCAUAUAGAUUCAGAUGAAGGAUUGGCAUCGAAGG